ACGUAGUUUAAGUAGUAGUAGUCGGGCCAGACGAAGCUACAUACCCCGCAGAAAACGGUGCAUGGCUGCCAGACGUUUUGGACAUCACCAUCUUUAAGGACGUCGUACAAGACUUCACGCUGUCAGCGGUGUCGCGCGAUACAAAUUUACUACCAACUUGACAACAACAACAGCACCGUCUACGAAAGAAAGUCCACCUGUUAGCCAGCAUUUACCGACCAUCUUCAGGUAAAUUUUCCUAAGAUCAAAGUAAUCCGAAGCCAACAGGACAUCGAAGAAGCCGUCGACACAUUUACAACCGCAGUACUGUCGUCACUGGAACAAACGACAAGGAUCAACACAACGACAAGGACACCGAUUCGCAUCCCUGCCACACUCGUUCGACUUAUCAGGGAGAAAAAUCGAGCCCGACGCCGUUGGCAGCGAACCCGGAACCCGGUCGACCGGGCCGAAAUGAACCAGUUGUCGCAACAAGUGAAAGACGCGCUUUUGGAUGUACACGGUGAAUGGUGGCAGGUAAGGCUCACUAACGCAGAUCAGCUUCCAGGUUUCCUGUGGAAAUUAGCACGUUCGCUGAAGGACGAAUCACGUGGCACCACUCCCAUUCACGGAGAGCGCGGGGUGGUAUACGUACCAUCCGAAAAGGCGGAAACCUUCGCGGACUGCCUAGAGAUCGCUUUCCGACAUAACGAGGAUAACGUAGACGAUGACCGAAUCGAACAAGUCGACCGCGCCGUUCAACGUCUACUUAGAGCAGCCCACACAGGUUUCGUAAAACCGACCAACCCGCAGGAGAUAAGGGAGUUACUGAAGGCUACCAAUCCUAGGAAAGCUUCCGGCCCUGAUGGAGUUUCAGCAACAAAUUCUACGAGUGGUGGAAUUCGCGACAGCUGGUUUCAACCGAAAGCAAUCAACAGAGGCGAUUUUUCUCGACGUUUCGAAAGCUUUCGAUAAGGUAUGGCAUAAUGGCUUAAUUUACAAACUUUUUUGUGCAGGUUACCACCCGGCUUUAGUUAAAACUAUUGCGUUAUUCCUCCGGGAUUGCAGUUUUACUGUGAAACUAGGAGAUGUCCGCUCUAGUUCUCGUACAAUGGAGGCUGGAACCCCACAGGGUUCACCGCUAUCGCCGCUUCUGUUCGCAAUCUACCCCACCGACACACCGAAGACGGCGGGUACGCCGACGACACAACCGUAAUGACAAAGUCGAUAGCACCGCAUGUCAUCACGGAACGGUUACAGGAAUCCGCCAACCGAUUGGAGGAUUGGUUCAGAACCUAGCGUAUAGCGGUGAACCCGGAAAAGAGCUGCGCUCUUUUUUUUACGAAACGAAGACAGAGCCCGUUUGGUCAAGUCACCCUUUUCGGCCGUCCGAUCCCUUGGAAAACCGAAGCUAAGUACCUAGGUAUCCAGCUAGACCGCGGACUUACAUGGAAACAUCACACCGAUCAUUGCACUCAAAAUGCAUCAGCAGUGAUGUUUCUCCUGUACCCGCUUAUAAAUCAUAGGAACAAACUAAGCCUCAACAACAAACUUCGGCUAUACACAUCGAUCAUUAGACCGGCGAUGACGUACACCGCACCAGUGUAUUCAUACGUAGCCAAGACGCACUUGAACAAACUUCAAUUCGUUCAAAACAAGGCAUUGAGGCUUGCGACGAAUGCUCCUUGGUUCGUUUCGAAUGCGACGCUUCACCAGGACUUAAAGGUCCCUUGGGUUAAGGACUUACUUCAAGAGAUGGCAACAAAAACCUUCGUAACCUGCCAAACCCGCCAUAACGCGCUGGUUCGCGAAAUAGUAGGAUACAAUGAGCACGUGCCUUACAAGCAUAAACGACCCAAAAUGACCAUGUUAAACUAAUUCACAAUAACCAACUAACAACGGUCGUUGCUCGAUGUGAUAUGUACUAACCAUUCCGUAUCUUUACAUUAACAGAUUAUUUAUUU